UUGUAUCAGAGAGAAGUUCCGCCAACUUUAAACACCCCUAGUACAGUCGCGUGAGGAAACAGCACCCAUAUAGUAUGUGCGAUCUGAUUCCUACUCGAACUUUGCUUAGACCCUCGGAGCAUAUUGAAUCAAUACUUGGCUGCCGUUGAGUAUCUGGUUCACUUUAAGAACCUCGAUUCGUCUGAAGACGCUUGGGUUCCGCUCACCGCCAUCCUCAACUCAGAAUCAACCGCUUUCCGAAGCAGCAUUGACAUUUGAACCAACUUUCAUGCUUUUGGCUAGCAGGUGUUUCUUGUCGGGUGUACGGCCCGUUUAUUCUAGGUAAUUCUCGGUACACUUCCCACGAGUCCUUCUUGAACUGCUUCUUCCUUUUUGGCCGCGCGAUUUCUCGUCGUAAUAACGUGUGCCUACAAAGUCCUCUAUUAUUCUACAAUACCCCUCACCGCCCUUAUUUCUUUUCACCAAGAUGCAACGAUCUGCACGUCGUCAGCCCAAGGCCCGCACAAAGUUGUCGUUCGAUGACCAGUUGGAAGAGGAUAUGAAACGGGAACACGAACUAUCACUCUUGAUACCCGACCGGUGGCGCUACUUAUCGACUGGGCUUCAAGAGGCCUUUCAAGGAGAUGGGAGUCGCGAUUUCUCGCUGGAUGAAGCCAUCGAGUAUCUUCACGAGGAGAUCUCUCCGACCUACGACGCAGAUCUGGAGCCCUCCGAGCUCUACGAGAACGUUCUUCAUUCUAUCGCGACAAUCCUCGCUCUCAAGUUUUGCCCUUGCCCUGAUCACUUCGAUUGGACCUGUGCAGUGUUCGAAACAUGGGUCAAAAUGUGUGAUUGGACUGUGCACUUGCUUUACAUCUACGUGCUGGGGAAGAGGACGCCGAAAAAGAGUAAAGGAAAAGCGUUCCAACAUCGACUCAUUGUUCUUGCCGAGAACCUAUGCCACAUUCCCGGGAAAUACGGUCGAUUCAACGAAGCGUUCGAGGGCGUUUCUGUCCCCGUAGCGUUCAGCUCUGUUCCACACCUCAUUCCGACCAUGAUCAAGGUCUCCAUCCAUCUCCUUUCCCUCGAUCAUCCAUGGUACAUGACCACCUGGAUGAAAAUACACGACGAAGCCGAGAAGAUACCCGACAAAUUCAAGGCCUGCAUCGAAGAAAUGGAAACGGAGCAUGGCUACAACAUCGCACAGUACCUAACCGACCAUUUCUCCACAAUCUCCUCUCAAUCAGAUAUUGACUUCUGUACCCUGCGAUCCGACAUCAUCCUCCUCCUGCAGAUUUUCCAUUCAUGCCCAGAGAGCAAUAUAUUCCACCGCAUGCUCUCGAGGGGAGUCACGAAAGCUUUCGCGAAUAUCAUGGUUGCGGCCGCUUCCCAGGCUUACCUGGUCGAUGCUCCUCCAAUCGCUUACUAUGACCGUGACAACCUGAGUUUCCUCAGUGCGCUUUUGGCCCGGUGCCUCACCGGGGGGAUCACAUGGGUCUGUGAGGCCCUUGACUGUCAUUUCCUGAUUGCGUUGGUACAGCUGGCAGUUCUCCCAGAUAAUGGUGAUGCUCACAUCAAGGAUGGUAUCCCUCUGCUCUUCGUAUCCUACGCUAAGCUGACGAAGCUCUUACGGCCAUUCUUGGUCUAUCGUUCGGUGUUGAACCGCACGCGGAGAGAGCUCCGGCUUGUGCGCGACUCAGAGCUGUUGGGAAGGCUGGAUGAGCGAAAUUCGUUCAGACUUGCGUUGGAGGAUUUGGAUAGGGAGGCGGAGAGGUUGAAAGGGCUGCAGAGACAGUUUGAGUCGUCCACGAACUUGCCUUCGCUGUGUUCUGUACAAAAGUGCUGGUGGGUACGGCCUGGAGCGAAGCUUCAACGGUGCUCCGGAUGUCGUGUUGCGGUUUACUGUUCGCGCCAGUGCCAGCGAGCGGACUGGGAGAAGCACAAGGAGUUGUGCGACAAGUACGACAGGCCAACGGAUGGUCUAUCCUACCGCAUCUCCCAACUAGAUACCCUCUUCCUCAAGUUCCUCAUCCAACGAGAGAUCCGCGAACGCCCCGUUCGUCCGCCUGCCCACAACCGGUCUGGCAAGAAAUCCAAGUCCAAAGUCCGGGCUGAGGACGUUGUCGUCCAGUUCAACUUGAGGGUUUCUCCGAUGCAGGUCACGUAUACGACCUCGGCCAAGGUUUUGCAAGAGAUUCUAUCGCUUUCCACGGGGCUCACAGACGACGGCCUUCAUCGCUUGGAACACUCACAGUGGGCUCAUGACAGAAUGGCGAUGCUGAAGGACCGGGUGAGGGAGAAUCCUACCAGGACAAUAAUGUGUUAUAUGUUGUUUCCGGCAGGCUAUAGCGAUUCGUACGUAUUGUGGGCGGAGCAGGUAUAAUCGAAGGGUUUGUAGGCUACUUCCUCGUUCUAUGAUGUAUAUGUAUCAUGCUACUUAUCGAUUCGAACUACUGUACCGCGAAUCAAGUCAAACUUUUGUUGCCACCAGCAAUACACUCCGAGACCGACUGAGAACACCUUCUACCUUCAAUACAGACUGAACUUCGAACAAGUCGUGCCACGGCAAUACCUGUCACAAGACAUGCGCUGAUGUACUCUACUAUGUAGCCACGGCGUAAGUGUACAUCAGGUCCCUGGCAUCCAUUGGGUCCGAAGCCGGGAAUGUAAUUCCCACCGAUCUAUUGCGCCCUGACGC